CUAACUAAUAAGUAAUGAUGAGCAAUGUUUAGCGAGGGAGUAAAUGGACAUUUUGGAAAGAGUAAAGGUUCUGGUGUGAAGGAAGCAUUGUCAGAUGGAGCGGAACGGAACAGAGAGUCCGGUUUCUGCCCGGCAGUGGAGCAGUGAAUCUGGGAAUGUGAUGUCGUCGUCCCCAUCAAACUCGCGUAAUGGACAUGCUCGGUCAUCUUCCCUCACCUUCACUGGAAUUUCAACCAUUAAAAGGACUCAGAAUGUCGCCGCCAAAGCCGCUGCUCAACGCCUCGCUCAAGUCAUGGCUUCCCAGGCUACCGACGACGAUGACGAGGACGAUCUAGGAUUUCGCUACACUGCUCCUCCACCUCUCACUCUCUCCAGGAAGUCUGUUACGACUCAUACCCAUAGAUCUCCAUCUCAUUCGUUAGCUAGGAACCAUGUUGAAGAACCCACGUAUGUUCGUCCAGCACCUAAUAAUAGUAAUAGACCACCGCUGAGCCAGAGCCAGAUAACUCCAGCUUCUAUUCCGCCACCAAUAGACCCUCCUCCUAUUCAUAAUAAUAAGCUCAAAGAUAAAAGAUUUCCGUUUGAUACUGGACUCAUUCAACCAAAAGAUUCAGAAGACCACCGUGAGGCUUCUACACUUCGUGAUGAGGUUGAUAUGCUAAGGGAAGAGAAUGAAAGUAUUUUUGACAAGCUUAGACUUGAGGAAGAGAGAUGCAAGGAAGCAGAGGCCAGAGUCAGGGAGCUUGAGAAGCAGGUUGACACAAGAACAGAGUCUGUUGCUUCCCUCGGAGAAGGGGUAUCUUUGGAGGCUAAACUCUUAAGCAGAAAGGAGGCAACAUUGCGUCAAAGAGAGGCUGCACUUAAAAGUUCCAGAGACUCUAACGACGGAGUUGAUAAGGAAAUCACAUCUCUACAAGCUGAAGUCAAGAAUGCAAAAGUAGAGUCUGAAGCCGCAGUGAGACAGCUUAACGGAGCUGAAUCUGAGGUGAAAGCUCUUCGAUCGAUGACACAAAGAAUGAUAUUAACUCAGAAAGAAAUGGAGGAAGUCGUUCUUAAGAGGUGUUGGCUAGCUCGUUAUUGGGGUUUAGCCGCAAAGUAUGGUAUCUGCGCAGAUGUUGCAGUCUCAAAGUAUGAACUUUGGUCAUCCUUAGCCCCUCUUCCAUUUGAGGUUGUUGUUUCUGCAGGACAAAAGGCCAAGGAGGAAUGCUGGGAAAAAGCAGGUGAUGAUGCAACAGAGAAGAGGAGCAAUCUUGUUCCAGACAUUAAUGAUCUUACUGGAGAAGGAAAUAUUGAAAGUAUGCUUUCGGUUGAAAUGGGACUCAAGGAGCUUGUUUCUUUAAAGGUUGAGGAUGCUAUUGUGCAAGCAUUAGCCCAACAGAGGCGUCCAAAUUCUGCUCGACAACUAGUCUCAGAUAUUAAAUCACCAGGGGAUCCUAAGUUUAUGGAAGCCUUUGAAUUGAGUCCAGAGGAAUCUGAGGAUGUUCUUUUCAAGGAGGCCUGGCUGACAUAUUUUUGGAGAAGAGCCAAGGCUCAUGGUAUAGAGGAGGACAUUGCCAAAGAACGUUUUCAGUUUUGGAUUGGUCGGAGUGGGCAUUCACCUACCUCACACGAUGCUGUUGAUGUUGAGCAAGGGCUUUCAGAGCUGAGGAAAUUGGGGGUUGAACGUAGACUUUGGGAAGAAUCCAGAAAAGAAGUUGAUCAGGACUUUGCUAUUGCAUGAAAAUUGACUACUAGACCUAAAGUUUGUGCUUAAGACUUUUUCCGAUGUAUGCAUUGAGAAUUUUGAAUUGCAUCUUCCUUUUGGAGACUGGCACCUUUCACUUUGUGUUCAAAUGAGGUUACAUUGGCUCUUAGUAACUAUUAUGAUAACUGUGUUCAAUUUAAGAACCGGUCAAACUCUACUUCGCAGUUUCUCCACUUUGAAUAAUAUAAAUAAUUGUUGAUAGCCUUAUAA